GAAAGUGGCGGAGGUGCCGGUUUGGCGAGCCUACAGACCACGGCUGACGUUUCGCUACCAGUCUAAAGUAUGCUACGCUCAGUGCGACCGAUAUCCAAUGGCUUGCGGGCAUGCGGUCAGACAGCAGCUCGAUCGAUGCUCACGCAGGCAAAGCCGACAGCCUCUGUCAAUGCAAGCCGAGCAAUGAGCUACAGAGUCUCUGCUCCUGCUCGAUGGACGGUACCUGCACGCUUGGGCGUGAGGUACGCUAGCUCUGGUGGACUGGACAAAUCGGCCAUCACCGAGCGUGUGCUCGACGUGCUGAAGUCCUUCGAGAAAGUCGAUCCUACAAAGCUCACAGCAAGCUCAUCCUUCACGACCGAUCUCGGACUCGAUUCGCUUGAUGCCGUCGAGGUCGUCAUGGCCGUUGAGGCAAAGUUCAGUAUCGAGAUCCCAGAUGAAGAGGCAGACCGUAUCACGAGCAUUGCCGAGGCUAUCGACUACAUUGCCAAUACGCCCGAAGCGCAUUGAACGAAACUCCGAG